UAAUAAAACGUAAACUAAUUCUGCUUAUUGCACAACCGGCAAUAUUUUCUUUUCCAACCUUCUAUCUGAUGAUUCAUUAUUUACCGACCAUAUUUAAUGUUCUACACCGUUUAAUAACAAACAGUACCUAAUACACUGCUGUACAAAUCAGUUAACUUUGUAUCGUUCUUUGUUUCUUUUUACUAGUGGAAGUGACGAUUACUAAUCUUAAACAUGGAUGAAUAUGUACAAUACAAAGUUUACACCUUUUGGAGUGAAGAUGCUAAGCCUGAAGUGAGGAGGUUUGGUAUUGAGAAGAGUGUCAUCACUAGUUUUCAAUAUUUGAAUGCUAAACUACAAGAUGUUUUUCCUGGACUGAAAGAGAAGAGUUAUAUUGUGACUUGGAAAGAUGAAGAAGAAGAUGAUAUCACCAUUUCCUCAGAUGAAGAAAUGAUGGCUGCUCUAACAGCUAUGUUUGAAAUUAAUAAGCCAAUAAAAUUGUAUGUUUAUUGCAAAGAAGCAGCACCCAAGGACGACGAUUGUGAUAUUAUAAUCUCAGCUAUAACUGAUACUGCUAAUGUUGCAAGCACCAGUGGACAACAUUACGGCGUAACUUGUGAUGGAUGUGAAGGACCCGUUAUUGGUUUUCGCUACAAGUGCAUCUCUUGCGACGAUUUUGAUCUUUGCUCACGUUGCGAAACAUCAGGCCUGCAUCGUGAACAUUGCAUGUUGCGUGUGCCUAUGCCAACAUUGCCGCGUACACUCAUUAAAGCUGCCAUUAAGAGGUCUCGCCACUUCUUGAAGUCUGUGGUAGGCCCUGCUGCUGAAGAAUGUUCCCGUAAGCGGCACCGACACGAUAAAAAUGAUGAUAGGAAACAUCGCAGUGGUGAACAUCAGGACCAAGAGCAUGGGGACAAUCAUCACCAUGGUGAUUAUCAUCGCCGCGGAGAGCGUCACCGCCGUUCACGAUCAGGCUGGCUGGACACUUUCGCGACAUAUAUGAAUGAGUUCGUAAAUUUAGCCGGCGAUGUUGGUGAUUUGCAUGCUGAUAGUAAUACUUCAGCCAAUCAACCUUCUCAGACGAAUAAUCAGGCGCAAUCGCAUGGACAAGAACAGGCUAAAACUGCCAGUGAAAACUCUGAGACUCCCAGGCAACCAGAGGCAAGCACAUCAGAAAAUUCGGGUGCCUUUGUGCCACCACAGUGCCCUUUCUUACCAGGCAAUUUCAAUGCUGAAAAUAUAUCUAAAUUUAUAGAAAUGUGUUUGACUGGUCAAUUAAAUUUGCAAGAUUUUCUGAUGAAUCCGCCAUACGCUGCAAAUUCUAAUGACGUUGAGAUGAGAACGACAACUGAUGACAAGAAAUGUUCAAAGCCUGAUAGACUUGACAGUACUAAUGACUCACAGGCAUCUACCGCUUCAGGCGAAUCUAAUAGGGAUGCUUCCCCGGAUAAGGUUGAUGGCUGGACAGUGAUUAAUAAAGAAAAAGAUUUAUUAGAUGAAGCAACUGCUCCAGCUGAACCUGCUGCUCCAAUUGGAUUUAACUUGCCUGCAGAAUUCCAGGAACAUGUCAAAAUAUCCGAGGGUGGAAAUCUAUACCCACCAUUAAACACUGCGACUGCUGUGUUGAAUCCCCAAGAGCCAGAAGUCCGGGUUGUGCAACCAUCGGUGCCUACCGCUCCACAGGCAACCCCGAUUGCCACGCCGCCGCAGACUCCACCCCAGCCUGCUCCAGUAACUCCACCACCUGCACCAGCACCGAAACCACGUCAGCCCCACCCUAAACUUCACAUUGAAGCUGCUAUUCAAUAUAUGGUUGCUAUGGGAUUCCCGGAAGAAGCCUGGUUGAUUCAGCUCAUUGAGAGCAAGGAUGGCAACAUUUCUGCUGUUUUGGAUCUGAUUACACCAAAUUCAAAGUAAACAUAAUUUCAAACAUCUGCAUAUGAUUGUGGUUUAGUGUAUAUCAUAUAUAUCUUGUAUCAAUCACUAGAACAGUGAUGCUUCUUCUGAAUUAAUUAGAAUUAAAGAUUGAUUUAUAUUGCUAUUCCAUGCAGAUUGUUUCUUAUCGUAAUUGAAAGUAUGUUACGGGAAUACUUAUUCAUAAUUAUAAUAAUCAUUAUCAUCGUAGCAUACGUCUAUGGGUUGAUUCACAUAGUGAACUAACAACAUAAAAGGCAUUUAUAUAUAUAUUGUGUACACGGAAUAAUUUUCAUGAGCAUUUAUAUAUUUCGGCUGUUAUGUGACACAACCUAAUAUUAGAAACACACAGUGAUGGAAUUUAAGGAGCGUACAUUAUGGAUAUAUAAUUGCUUUAUUUAGUCAUAAGUACCUAUACUGAAGUAUGGUUUGUUUAGGUUAUUGCAAUGUUUUUAAAUAAUUCUAAUAGAUAUAUUUUGGCUAUUAAUACGGCCUAAUAAUAGAAAUCAACAGUGGUGGAAAUUAACUCUAUUUUAAGAAGAAUUCAUUAUAAACUAAUCGGGCCAUUAGUAAUCGGGUACAUGUAAUAAUUUUUCCAAUUCAGAAUUUGUACCACAGAUAAAAUAAUAUUUCUUUGAAAUUUAAACAUCAUAUCAGCCAUUAACUAUCCAUGUUGAACAUAAGCUUCCCCCUUACGAACGCCUAUGUUCAAUAGUGGACACUUAUAUAAGUACAUAGAAUUUAUAUCUACUGUCUAAAUUUCGAUAGAAUUAUUUUCUAUAUGAAAGAUGGGGGAUAAAAAAAGAGGUACUGAGAGCCUACUAUAUUUUUGGUUUACACAUGUUUUGUAUGAAUUACUUUGAGCUUCAGAUAUAUUUAGAUAAAACAUUACUUAUUCUAUAUUGAUAUAAUAUAUUUGUAUCCAGGUUGAUUGGUGACAGUGAAAAUGUGAUAUUUGAAUAUGUGAGAAAAGUAAAAUGUACCUAGUUUUAUUUUUAUAGUUAAUAGUAUUCGAUUAUGAUUCUUAGUAUUUCAUUAAAGGUUAUUGGGAUUAAAAGGGUU